AUGAGUGCUCCAAUCGACGAUCUGCUAUAUGGUGGCGAUGACUCUGGAGAUGACGAAGACAUGAGUUCCUCCAUGCGCUCGUUUACAGGAGUCCCACUCUCCGCGGCUGUAACGCCCCCAGGAGGUUUAUUGACACCUGUGCCUAAACCGAUGACACCUCCUGCUACUCCAACACCCAUACGUCCACAUCCACAGCCACUAGCAUCUAUUCCCCCUGUAUCUGCUGCUGCUGCCAAGCAGUCACCAGGUUCAGGGCAACAAAUGUUUCAACAAAUGUUUGCACUAUUAAAGCAGAUGCUGCCUGUGGAGCAAUACGCAACACUGCACUCGGAAAUGCGAAAGGGAAAUGGAAAUGAUAUAAAGUCUAUCGUGGAUAUUAUCAAGCGCAUUGCAGGUGACACCAUUUUCUCGAGCGUUAUUCAAAAGAUGGACCUCACACGAACCAUUCCAACCACUAAUACACCUGGAACACAGAACACUGUAAAACCAGAACCUGGAGCGACUGCAUCAUCUGGAGCCGGUGGCAGACCACUAGCAGCCAGAACAGGCGCGACUACCGCAACGGCCAAUGCGCCAAAGGUAACGGCUAUUGCACCCAAUAAUCGGCCACUUGUAGCUUCUCUACCGACCUUAGCAGCUGCACCGGUUGCAAUGCCAGCAUCAAUUGCAGCACAAAUUGCGCGACCGACGUCAAUUCAGUCUGCUGGAAUGCUCUCGACACCGUCAGUACCUAGUAUUAAAAGUGAACCAACAAAUCUUGCUACAACGAUAUUAUCGACUUCUGCUCCGGCUACCGCACAAUCAAGGAAUGAAGCACUAGAGAAAAUAUUGUUUGCCAAAAGAUUAUUGGCUCAUGCUGCAACGUGUUCGCUUGGACCCGGGGUAUGUCAAGUGAAAAAGUGUGACGAUGUUCGUCGUGUAUUCAAGCACAGCGUCUCAUGCGGUGGAACGAAUGGAUGUUCGCAUUGUGAGCAGUUAAAAGGCUUGGUCAAAUACCAUGCGAAAGAGUGCGCUGUGGGUAUGACUGACCACUGUUCAAUCCCGUUUUGUGAUGGUUUGCGGCGUACGUACGCUGUGUCACAAGCCACAUUAGCGGCACAAUCUGGUGGUCUCCGACGUGGUACUGAUAGUGAUGAUGAUGACAAUACGCCACUGUCCUCUGCAGUGAACAAAGCCAAAAAAUUAGCGAAAACGAAAUCACCAAAGAAUGCAGCUAGUCGAAGUCCAAGCGCUCAACCGCUUAAACGAAAACCCAGCACGUCAUCGCCGGGACCGUCGGCCCCGAUGCUCUCACCAAACUUUGCCCCUCCGAUGACAUUGACGCCAGCAAAGCCCCAGCAAAAGAAUGUGACGGCUAAUAUGACACAAGAGUAUGGACGACUAUUGCAGUUAAUUCUUCAUGUAGAAAAAUGUACGAGCAUUUCGUGCCCCAUUGGAGAAGAGUGCCUGGAGGCCAAGACGAUCCUAAAGCAAAUGAGUACUCCUAACCCACCGGCUCGCGCCAAAACGUACAAGCAAAUUUACGGACACUACAAGACAUGCGUGGCAAAAAAUAACACAGCGAAUUGUCCUAUGUGUAAAAUCGGUUUGUUGCCAAUUUCAGCUACAACUAUGAGUGCGAGUCCUACGCUAUCCCCACAUUUACAAGCAGUGAAACCGUUUGUUUCUACCGCUAAUACUGCUACUCCCGUGAUGGCGUCUUCACCGUCAGGAGCUUUGAAGCGUAAUAGUGGAACGGCAUCACCAUCGCCACGAUCUCCGUCAAAAAAGCCACGUUUAACACCCGUGAAUCGAGGCAAAGCGACUGCUGCAGAAGUAGCGGCUGUGAGUGCAGCUGCGUCAGAAUUAGUCAGUCAAGAACUCGCUCAAGCGAGCGUCAAUGACAUACGAAAUGAGGCAGACGUUUUAACACACACGAAUAUUGAGCUGGGAACUGAACGGAGGAUUAUGAUGGAAGGUGUACGACGAGAGCGAAUGGCGGAGCAGUUGUCUUGCCAAAAAGAAGAAUGGGUGGAGAAAGAUCUAUUUUAUUCCGAGAAAUUGCGCUCGCAAAUGCACAAAAUUGCUCGUCGAACAGGUGUUGAGCUAGGAGGUCAGAGUACUGACGUGAUGGCUUAUGCGCUCCAUGUUUAUUUGAAACAAGUGAUAGAAGAAAUGGUAGAGAUUGCAAAGCAGCGCGGGGACACACAAGCACAAGCAUUGGAUGCAAUCCAAAAAGCUCAAAGAAUGGGAAUGAUCCCAGGACGACCAGGAAAUCAUAUGGAAUUAACUGCAACGGAUCUCUUGCGCGUCAGCUGCGAAGAUGCAUUUACGAAAGUGCGACAAGACGAUCUAGUUCUGCGAGCGCAGCUGUUAGAAGAUGCUAAGCGCGAGGAACAGAUUGAGAAAGAACGUGCAAAGAAGCGCAAGAAAGUAGAUCGAAGCAAAUUGAUUCAGGAUGAACGGGAUGAGGCCGAGAUGGAUAUUGAAGAGUUGGCAGUAAAAGAUCUGAAGGAGCGUUUAUUGCAGCAAGAUAAGAGCGGAUUGGUUAGAGUAGAUGGACGCGUGAACGAAAGCAUUGCGUCCAGGUAUUUACAACGUCAGGUUGACAAUCAAGUGACAAUAGAAGAUGCGAACUAUUGGCUACUGAGUCAGAAGCCUUACAUUCGUCCAAAGCUCUUUGUGCGUGCUGAAGCUGCGCGAAUCGUGACCAAGUCGCUACGAUGA